AGUCAUUCGCCGUAAAUCUGAGGGACGACACGGAGGGAGAAAUUGUGCUUAACUCUCGGCGUCCCGGAUGGUAUCAAGUCACUAAAGUCCGGGUCACAUGGAGCGGACGCCAAUCCCAGCUGACAUUGAACGAGAGGCUGGACACUCGCCGGACAGGUCGCAGGUCAAUCAAAUCAGUGAGAGGCCGGGAGCACCCUUGGGAAACCGCUAUCUGGAACAUUAAACAGAUGAUCAAGUUGACACAAGAACACUUAGAGGCUCUUCUGGACAAGUUUGGAGGAGAACACAAUCCUCCGUCUAUAUAUCUCGAGGCCUACGAGGAGUACACCAGUAAGCUGGACGCGCUCCAGCAGAGGGAGCAGCAGCUGCUGGAGGCCACGGGCAACGGCACCGACUUCUCCUGCUCGCCGACUUCCGUGCCGGCCCUCCUGGAGGUCAGGAUGGGAGGGUGCGCGGCGGGCGGCGGCGGUGGCGGCGCUCAGGCGUUCCCCUCGGCGCCCAACACCCUGGCUGUCCUCCAGAAACCCACGGACGCCAGCCGGAGCAACCCGCGCUCCCCGCAGAAACCCAUCGUUCGGGUCUUCCUGCCCAAUAAACAGAGAACCGUGGUGCCCGCCCGGUGUGGGAUGACUGUGCGAGACUCGCUCAAGAAGGCUCUAAUGAUGCGAGGACUCAUCCCAGAGUGCUGCGGCGUCUACAGGAUACAGGACGGGGAGAAGAAGCCUAUUGGUUGGGACACGGAUAUCUCGUGGCUGACGGGGGAGGAGUUGCACGUGGAAGUCUUGGAGAAUGUGCCGCUCACCACGCACAACUUCGUGAGGAAGACCUUCUUCACGCUGGCCUUCUGCGACUUCUGCAGGAAGUUGCUUUUCCAGGGCUUCCGCUGUCAGACGUGCGGCUACAAGUUCCACCAGCGCUGCAGCACGGAGGUCCCGCUCAUGUGCGUCAACUACGACCAGCUAGACUUGUUGCUGGUGUCCAAGUUCUUCGAGCAUCACCCUUUCACCCAAGACGAGGUCUCGUCCGAGGGGACCACCCCCGUUUCCGAAGCUUGUCUGUCGCUCCCUCCGUCCGACUCCACCGGGUCUAUAUGCCACGCCGCGCUGUCGCCGUCCAAGUCCAUACCUAUCCCGCCUAGUUUCCGGCCCAGCGAGGAGGAUCACCGCAACCAGUUUGGCCAGCGGGACCGUUCGUCCUCCGCCCCCAACGUUCACAUCAACACCAUCGAGCCUGUCAACAUCGACGACCUGAUCCGAGAUCAGGGAUUAGUCAGGUCUGACGGAGCCCCCCCGAACCACCCUGCCCGCUGCUUGAGGAAGCACCGAACACGGACCUCAAGCCCCCUCCUAUACUCCUACCCCAAUGACAUAGUGUUUGAUUUUGAGCCCGAGCCUGUGUUCCGAGGGUCCACCACUGGACUGUCGGCCACUCCCCCUGCCUCGCUCCCCGGCUCCCUGACCAACGUCAAGGUUCCCCAGAAGUCACCGUGCCCGCAGAGGGAGCGGAAGUCCUCGUCUUCGUCCGAGGACCGCAAUAAGAUGGUGGGUUCCGUGAGAAUCGAGCUCCGUCCCGUCUCGAUUGAAUUUGUUUCACUGUGUCGUGUGGAACAGAAAACGCUGGGGAGGAGGGACUCCAGUGACGACUGGGAAAUCCCCGAGGGUCAGAUCACUCUGGGUCAGAGGAUAGGCUCCGGCUCCUUCGGGACAGUCUUCAAAGGAAAGUGGCAUGGUGACGUGGCGGUGAAGAUGUUAAACGUCACUGCUCCGACACCCCAGCAGCUUCAGGCCUUUAAGAACGAAGUGGGAGUCCUCAGGAAAACGCGUCACGUCAACAUCCUGCUGUUCAUGGGCUACACCACCAAGCCUCAGCUGGCCAUUGUGACGCAGUGGUGUGAAGGCUCCAGCCUGUACCACCACUUGCACAUCAUCGAGACCAAGUUUGAAAUGAUCAAGCUAAUCGACAUCGCCAGGCAGACCGCUCAGGGCAUGGAUUACCUACACGCCAAGUCCAUCAUCCACCGUGAUCUGAAGAGCAACAAUAUUUUCCUCCAUGAGGAUCUGACGGUGAAGAUUGGUGACUUUGGCCUAGCCACAGUCAAGUCCCGCUGGAGUGGCUCCCACCAGUUUGAACAGUUGUCUGGCUCCAUUCUGUGGAUGGCUCCGGAGGUGAUCCGGCUGCAGGACAAGAAUCCCUACAGCUUCCAGUCCGACGUCUACGCCUUUGGCAUUGUGCUGUAUGAACUCAUGUCAGGAGCGCUGCCCUACUCCAACAUUAACAACAGAGAUCAGAUAAUUUUCAUGGUGGGUCGAGGUUACCUGUCCCCCGACCUCAGCAAGGUGCGUAGCAACUGCCCAAAGGCCAUGAAGAGACUCAUGGCCGACUGCUUGAAGAAGAAGCGAGAGGAGCGACCUCUCUUCCCUCAGAUCUUGGCGUCCAUCGAGCUGCUGGCUCGCUCGUUACCCAAAAUCCACCGCAGCGCCUCUGAGCCUUCGUUAAACCGAGCGGGCUUUCAGACGGAGGACUUCAGUUUAUACUCCUGCGCCUCGCCCAAAACCCCCAUCCAGUCGGGAGGCUACGGGGAGUUUUCAGCAUUCAAGUAAGUGCUGUGUAUCUCACCAGCCCAUCUCUGGUCACUGCUCCGAAGUCCUCCGGUCGUUGCCGUGGAUUAAUUCAUCACUGGGGGAAAAAAAACAACAACAAACUGAAAUGUAGUCUUAAACGAAUGUGCCGUUAUCUUCCUCUACCAAUGACGAGAUUCCUUCCAGCUUCAAAGCAGUUCAUCGGGCAACGAGCCAAAACGACAGGCAAACCGGAUCGGGAGGGGGAGAAAAAAAAAGGAAAAAAAUCAAACCAUACCAAAAAAAAAAAAAAAACCCAUCAUAAAUGGUAAAGAAAACCAAGCACGAAGAUAUCCAUACCUAAACCAUUUGGAGGUGGGGUAAACUUCCCGGGCGGACUAGCCCGCCGAAGAAAAUGGCGACAAGGUGAGGACGAGGCCGAGCGGCUGGAGCUGCACUUUGGAAGAAGGCCCACAGGGGGCGGCCCUGUGCCGGGCGCUUGCAGGCUCGCCGAGAUGAGCUGAGGAGCCGGGGGACCGCUCCCCCCCCCCCCCCCCCCCCCCCACCACCUGUGACUUGAAAGCUACUUUUUCUAUAUAUAGCUACGUUUGUCAUGCUACCACUUUAACCAGCGGUCGCAAGACUUUCGGGUUUUGGGGAGAAAAAUGUCCGUCCAGCAAAAAAGCUUGUUGCUUUUUGCCUUCCGCCCCCCUCUCAAUUCCUCACCUUACUCUUGUCAAAAUAAUGUUUGAUAUCAUUUAGAAUGGUGAAAACACUCCCUCAAAUGAGACGUCAUCAGUAGAGCACCAAUCAAAAACAGAUUCUAUUAUUUUAUAUAUUCAUUUCAUUGUUUGCCGACAGACACGACCAUUUUUUGUUUUGGGCAAUGGAUGCAGAGAAAAGUGGCAAAACUUUUGGGGUGAUAAAUGCGACAACUUUUUUUGACGAUAGAAGCGACAUAACAUUUUGCCCUUUUUUUUUUUUUCUCAAAAGGAGGAACAACUUUUUGGUGAUAGAAGCAGCACUUUUUUGACUACAGAACAACUUUUUGUUUAAUUAUAGAAACGAGACUAUUAUUAUUUUAAUGAUAAAAACGAUUUUUGGUGACAGAAGUAAGUGACAGCUUUUUGGGUGAUGGGAGCAGUAACACUUAGGCGACUUAAGCGACAACUUUUUGGAGAGGUGACGGAAGCAACGCAAGUUUUCUGGGCGAAAGAAGUGACCCCGCUUUUAUUGGCUAUAGAUAUAAUAUCUCUUUUUUUGGGUGAGAGAAUGCCCAGUUUCUUGCGAUAGAAGCAACAAAAUUUCAGGUGUGUGUGUGUGUGUGUGGGGGGGGGGGGUUAAUAGAAGUGGGAUCCACAUUCCAUUUUUCAAGCACUGAAUGAACAGUUGACGUGGAAGUUAUUUCGGGGUAUCUUAAGCUUUUGGGGGGGAUUUUGAUUUCAAAGUACAGAUUCCAAGUUGAGGAGCACAUUUUGUGCAUGUCAUUGUUUCUGUUUCUUUUUUUGUUUUUUUGUUUGUGUUAAGUGGGUCUAAUAUAUAAUUUAAAAUAUAAUUUAUAUUCCCCAUCCGACUUCUUACGGCAGCCCGACUUAAAGGGCUGCGGUGCCACUUGAUGAAACGACUGUCGAUCCUCUCAAGUGUUGUGUAUUUAAGAUGGCUCUUUCGGUGACAUUAACAUGAAUUCAUUCCAGAAUGUGUGCUUUUGUUUUGUUUUUGCCUUUGUUGUUUUUUGUACAGACCAGCAGUAUUUAUUUGUCAUUUAGUCGUUACAAGCUCAUUCUCAGAAAUAAUUUACAGCUUUCUUGCCAAGUCUGUGACUUCUACACAUUGCACUUUUGUAGAAAUUUAUUGAAGCAAAUGAGCGACUUGCCUUUUUUUGUUGUUUUGUUUUGUUUUGCGAAUUGCGACAAAGCACAUAGCGGUAUCCGGAGCCGGUGGCCUCACACGCUUGGCAUCCGCAGGACCCGAUGCUACCAAUUUUCUGUCAGCCUACUUUUAAUUUAGUCACGUGUAGCCACUCGCAAAGUGAAAAGAGCUGAGCUUGCGAUACGGUUUGUUGUUUUUGUUUUGGAUAUGAAGCGUGUAAUUUGUUAAGUGUUCAUGAAGGAUUAUGCUUCGCUUCCCACUUCCAGGCAGCUCCUUUUACAAGAGUAAUUUGCUAAUAUCUGAUAUUCAGUCCAUGUUUGAUGUUAACUUUGGUUUACGGUCAUGUUUGUGAUCCCCCUCAGCCAUUAAAAACAAAUGCAUAGCAUCUGUUGAAAAGUAUUACUGGCAACUGUUUAAUCAAUUGGUUCAUGCUUUUCAUUUUACAGUACAGAGAACAGUACAAAAAUAUGACUUCAUAUUUUAUGUCAACCACAAAAACCGCAGGCAAAAAAGUGGAACCAUUUGACUCCAAAAAAACUGAAAAAAGUAUUUAGUUCAUAAUUUGGGGUGACCGUACUUCGCGUUGGUUCCUACAAAAGCAUGUAUCUGCUUUUUUACAUCAUAUUGUUGAUCUGAAAUGCAAAGGUUUUUUUGGGCAAAGAAGAUAAAAGAAGACUUGCAAAAAUGUGGAGAUACAUGCUUUUCAUCUGACAGCUAUUCUGUGAACAAGGGAGAUUGUUUUGUCUUCAUUGGGAAAUUUUCAUUUUCUAUUCACGACAAGCGUGGAUGUCCAAAUGGAGGAUUUCUAAUCCUAGAAACAAACCAGUAAAAAAAACUAAACACAAAAUUUGGACAUACAAGCUUUCUCAUUGGACAGUCAUUUUUUUCUGUUAAACGUUAAAAAAUAGCAUAGGGUUUAUGAAAUGAAAAGCAUGUAGUGUAUCUCCAAAAUUUGGGACAUUUUUCAGCAUGUUUCUCUUUUUUUUUUUUUUUUUUUUUAAAUAUAUCACACAUUUGCAUUUUCAACCAAUAUAAAUCCUUUUUUGUUGUUUUCUGAUUCACCCAAAAAAAACAAAACAACAAUUUAAGGGAAAAAACGCAAAAUCUGGAGAUGCCUCAAGUCAUUCUGGAAUGAAGACACAGCCCUUCAAAAAUGGCAUAAGGUGGCUAUGCAAUGAAAAAGCAUGCGUCUCCAAAUAUUUAGAAAAUCUUUGAUAUAAAACUUGACUUAUUUUGUUGUUCUUGAUGUUUUUCUGAUUUAAAGAAAAGUGCAAAGAUUCAUAUAUUUAACAUGGAACUAUAGUGUGCUAGUUUUUAAAAUGUAAAAAAAAAAAAAAAAAAAAGCGAAAAUCAGGAGAUACAUGUUUUUAUUUAUUUUUUUUACUUUUUGUGUCUCUUGGUUGUUGGAGAACACCCUCUUUAAACGGGAGUUGCAUUGUGAUAAUGUCUGUUACAUUUCUCUACUGUUUCAGUUAUUACGAUUAUUAUUAUUUUGUUCAUUGGCUGCAGUUCAACUAUGAAGGCUUUGCUUAAGAGUUCCUUGAUGUUUGAACACCAUUCCAAGCGCAUUGACUCAGAAGUGGUCGUCUUGUCAAUAUAGGCCAGCAUAUCACAGCGUUAAACACUUUUAAUUUCCUGUAUUUUUCUGUAAUUUUCCACAUUCUACCCCUCCCAUUGAAAUCUACUCCGUAAACUCACACUGUAAUGUAUAUUUUAGGGUUAAGAUCACCUAUAAGUUGCCUAAAAGUGACCUCCAUUGCUUCAGUUGCUGUAAUUACAUCCUCCCUUUGUGUCUUUGCCGCUUGCACCUUUAAAAACACCACCUAUCUAUUCAGCAGAGGUAUUAUGUCCUUAAAAGUGUUUGCUUGUUUAGUUAAUUUUCCUCCACCAUCUGUAAAUAGUGUACAAAGGGGAAGAAAAAAAAAUGAAAUCCUGGCGGUUUGCAAGGAAAGCAUGGGAGAACGACACGUAUAAAAAAAAAAAAAAAAAAGAAAAAAAACCUUCAAAAUGUCCAUAAAAGACAUUUUCGAAACAGUUGCGUGUACACGGGGAAAGAAAAACAAUAACAACAAAAAAAACUUAUUUAAGGCUGUAUCCUAAGGAGAAAGAGCUUAAUGUAUUUGUUGUGAAUAUGAAAAACUGAUAUAUUAAAGAAGUGCAUGAAAAGUAAGG